AUGACGGAGCUACCGUUUGUUGUCCUUCACCUUUGUACCAGCAACACCCUAGUCCUCACAUCACGCUCAAUCCUAACAGUAGUGAGCGAUCAAUACACCACACAAUCCGCCAAAGAUUACAACGGCGUUCUGGGCAAGCAAGGCGAAACAGGCGACGCGAUAUUCCAAGCUAUGUCGGUGAUUCUUAUUCGAAAUACCAUCUCCAAUUACCUUCCUCUUCCUACUUCGACGAAUUUGUCACGCUUUGAUCCACAUCAUAACGGUGGUUUAUCUACCGGUGCGAAAAUCGCUAUUGGUGUUUGUGUUCCGGUUGGUGUUAUUAUUCUUACUGCGAUUGCGUUUAUCGUUUGGGAUAGACGACGACGCAAUAAGACUACGACGAGUACGAGUACGGAUUCUCAACAGAGUCCAAGUUCUGGGUUAAAUGGGGAUGUGUUAACGGGGAAACCGGAGUUGGAUGGGGUUGAGAGGAGUCCACCGGUAAAACAGGAACUAGAUACGGGGCAGGAUGUUGGGGCUUUGAAGCUGAAUGGAUCUACGCCUGCUGAGUUACCGGGUAACUCUCCGGUGGAGUUACCUGUGGAGCGAAGCCACCUGUGGAGCGAAGUCCAACAGUGCCGCAGGUAG